AUGUCAGAAGUACCGCGGGAAUCUACACCUAUUCGAAUCCCUGCCGUCUGCCCCUCUGCAUGGACUGCAUACGACCUCCAGAUCGAGGCCGCAGGAAGUGGAAACUCGCGGCUCUCAUCAGCCUGGUGCUGUCCUAGCGGCUUCACGCCCACCGGCAACGCCGAAUACUACCAGGGCAGCGCUAUUCGAGCUUGCGCGCAGACCCUGGCCCAGAACACGUCGCUGUCGUCGGCGUGGAAAGACCAUGGCCGCGAGCUCAUAACCACACAGUUGCUCGAGACGCCGUGGCUCAUCACCUGGGCCAAGUCGGACACAAAGACCCUGAGCCCCCGACCGCCAAGCCUCGGCGAUCGAUGCACCAGAGCCGAGAUUUCGACUUGGGUGCCUGGCGCCAAGGUUAGCGAGUCGGAUCGUAUCUGCUACCAAUCAGAGCACGGCCCGGAUUGGCUGGGCUCAUCCCUUUUCUGGUUCCUCGUCGUCGGGCUCCCGGUGAUUGUCAUUACCAUACCGAGUGUGUGGUGCUGCUGCAUACUGCCCGGGCGGAAGAAGCGUCGCGAGCGGCGUGCGCAGGAUAAGCGAGAGAUUGCGGCGAGAGUCGCGAAUGCAGCCGUUCCCGGGACGCAGCGGGUUCACGAGCUAAGCGGCGAUCCGUAUUUGUGA